UCAUGUAUUAUUCUCUAUGUUUGCUGGAAAAGCCUCCUCCCCCUCCUAAUGUUGGCUCGAUGGAUCCUCCACGAAGUUUUGUUCCAUCCAUGUCUUUUCAGUUCCGACCAGUAGUUCCAGCACAGCCGCCACCACAAUAUAUCCCCGUGGCUUCUCAGAUCUUUCAACCUGCUCAAAGAGGAGUUCCUGGAAUGAAUCCUGGAUUGCCCUCUCAACCUCAGACAUCCCAGUUUUCUCCGAUGAUGCCGCAGUUACCUGCAAGGUCUGGCCAACCAGGUCAUAUUCCACCUUUACCACACACAAUGGCAGUCCCAAAUUCUCAGUCAAUCAGGCCUAUGCAUGCUGGAGCAUCGUUGCCUCAGCCUAAUGUUCAAACUCCAAACAAUUACAUGUCUGGUUUUGGUGGCCCAGGAACUCCACUCACUUCAUAUUCUUUUGGACCGCCUCCUUCUGGGCUACCAAUGUCCAUUAACACGGCAACUCAUUAUCAGCCCAUAACUCAAGUGAGUACACCAAGUGUGCCUGCUGGAGUGCAACCGGGGUUAUCAGUCAGCCAGAGCAUGGUCUCUGUUACACCUCAGCAGCCCACAUGUGAACAACCUUCAGUCUCCACCAUAAACGUCCCACCAGCCAAUUUACAGCCAAAAGCCUCUGGGGAAGUCCCAACAGAUUGGAUAGAGCAUACUUCUGCUGAAGGAAGAAGGUAUGCUUCUACUCUUAGAGUUCUGGCAUCCCAUCGCACAAAUGUCACGACACAUCCUUGUGCAGUUUCUUUGUAGAGUUACAUUUUCAUC